AUGGCAGCUGCUGGAAGCGCUCAACAACCUCAGGCUGAUCAAAACUUUGAUUAUAUGUUUAAGUUGCUCAUCAUCGGCAAUUCGUCUGUUGGAAAAACUUCAUUCCUUUUCCGUUAUUGCGAUGAUUCCUUCACCUCAGCCUUUGUUUCUACAGUAGGAAUUGACUUUAAAGUAAAAACCGUUUUCCGUGGUGACAAGCGUGUUAAGCUACAAAUAUGGGAUACCGCUGGACAAGAGCGUUAUCGAACAAUUACAACUGCCUAUUACCGCGGAGCUAUGGGAUUCAUUUUGAUGUAUGAUAUUACCAAUGAAGAAUCUUUCAACGCUGUCCAAGAUUGGUGUACCCAAAUCAAGACAUACAGCUGGGAAAAUGCUCAAGUUGUACUAGUUGGUAACAAAUGUGAUAUGGAUGGUGAAAGAGUUGUCUCUCUUGAGAGAGGACGUCAAUUAGCUGAUCAAUUAGGACUCGAGUUCUUUGAGACAUCAGCCAAGGAAAAUAUAAAUGUGAAGGCUGUUUUCGAGAAGCUUGUUGAAAUAAUUUGUGACAAAAUGGCUGAAAGUCUGGAUAAGGACCAACAACAACCGAAAGGUCAGCGUUUGGAAGCAAAUCCUCAGCAAAAGCCGGCCACUCAGCAAUGCAACUGCUGA